AUGGGACGCUCCUUGGGUCUUUCCUCCGCCUUCCGCGGCGCGAGCUCGCAUGGCCUCCAGCCCUUCACUUGGCACGGCAGCUUGCGCACGGCAUCGCCUUCAGAGAGCGGCUACGAGCGGCUGCUUCUGCCUGGGACCCUGGAGGCCCCGACCCGCCAAGCCCUGCGUUCCCUGGCGAGUGCGGCAGGGCUGCGCUGCGAGACCUUCGGCCCCAAAGCCUGCCGCCGCGUGAUGCUCGCGCUGCCGGCCGAAUGCAGCUGCUGCGUGAAUGCACUUUCAUUUCCAGCAACGGAUCUCCUCUCCACCGAGCAACUCAGGGAAGCGCUCCAACGUGUUUUUGGAUUCAGCCCCUUGUCGGACGACGACAUCACGUGCUUCCAUGACCGCCUGCGAGAAGUCGCAACAAUGGUCCUGGGCACUGAAUCUGCAGCUCGGCGCACUCACUCCAAGUGGCAGAAGAGAUGUUUGACCUCUGAGACAGUGGCCGCUCUGGGUGGGUGUGCAGGGAUCAGUGCCUGUGAGAAGCGUGCGAAGUGGGAAGGGGCCUCAUCUCUGCUGUCACAGAUGAGCUUCCUGGCUGUGCAGCCCAGCGUCACCACCAUGAAUGCAGCAGCUUCGGCCUGCGAGCGCGCCGGCUCUUGGCUCCCCGCUCUGGCUUUGCUCCGGGAUCUGGAGCCGAGGUCGCUGCAGGUUGACUUGAUCUCGGUGAAUGCGGCCUUCGGAGCUUGCGAUCGCAGUGCUCAACAUCAUCCCAUGCAGGAUCUGGCGGCGCAAAUUGCCAACCUCCUCGGAGACUUUACUUUCCAGCUCCGGCGCUCGGCGGAAAAAGGUGUAUCCAUGGAGACUCCCUGCUACCCGGGCAUCCAUACUUGCAGCUAG